AUGCUGAACUGGAAUUUGCCAUUCAGCCCAAUACAACUGGCAAACAACUUUUUGACCAGUGUUUUGGAACAACACAAACUAACAAAAGAACAGUGGGAAGAAAGAAUACAAAACUGGCAUGAAGAACAUAGAGGAAUGCUAAGGGAAGAUUCUAUGAUGGAAUACCUGAAAAUUGCACAAGAUCUAGAAAUGUAUGGAGUCAACUAUUUUGAAAUAAAAAAUAAAAAGGGAACUGAAUUGUGGCUAGGUGUUGAUGCUUUGGGUCUGAAUAUUUAUGAGCAUGAUGACAAGUUAACACCUAAAAUUGGUUUUCCAUGGAGUGAAAUCAGAAAUAUUUCAUUUAAUGACAAAAAAUUUGUUAUAAAACCAAUUGACAAAAAGGCACCUGAUUUUGUUUUUUAUGCACCUCGUCUGAGAAUCAAUAAGCGGAUUUUGGCCUUGUGUAUGGGAAACCAUGAGCUCUACAUGCGGAGAAGGAAGCCUGAUACUAUCGAAGUACAGCAGAUGAAGGCUCAGGCUAGGGAGGAGAAACACCAGAAGCAAUUGGAAAGGGCACAGUUAGAGAAUGAAAAGAAGAAAAGAGAAAUAGCAGAAAAGGAAAAGGAAAGAAUAGAACGUGAAAAGGAAGAGCUAAUGGAACGUCUUAGGCAAAUUGAAGAACAGACAAUGAAAGCGCAGAAAGAACUAGAAGAACAGACUCGAAAAGCUCUAGAACUGGACCAGGAACGAAAACGAGCAAAAGAAGAAGCAGAAAGGCUUGAAAAGGAGCGUCAAGCUGCUGAAGAGGCCAAGUCUGCUAUAGCCAAGCAAGCUGCUGACCAGAUGAAGAACCAGGAACAACUGGCAGCAGAACUCGCGGAAUUCACUGCCAAGAUUGCCCUUCUGGAAGAAGCCAAGAAGAAGAAGGAAGAGGAAGCUACCGAGUGGCAGCACAAAGCUUUUGCAGCCCAGGAAGACUUGGAAAAGACCAAAGAAGAGUUAAAAACUGUGAUGUCUGCUCCUCCUCUCCCUCCCCCACCUCCGGUCAUUCCUCCGACAGAAAAUGAACAUGAUGAACACGAUGAGGACAAUGCCGAGGCCAGUGCCGAGCUGUCAAAUGAAGGGGUGGUGGACCACAGGAGUGAGGAGGAGCGCGUGGCAGAAACACAGAAAAAUGAGCGCGUUAAGAAACAGCUCCAGGCAUUAAGUUCAGAAUUAGCCCAAGCCAGAGAUGAAAGCAAGAAAACACAAAAUGAUGUUCUUCACGCUGAGAAUGUUAAAGCAGGCCGUGAUAAGUACAAGACUCUGCGGCAGAUCCGACAAGGCAAUACAAAGCAACGUAUUGAUGAGUUUGAAGCAAUGUGAGAGCUGUUACUUUGCAUACAUGUUCUUCAUAAGCUGAACCACCAACAGAGAAAAGCAGGCCUUUGCAGAUGUGAUGGAAUGCAUCCCACCUUGCCAAAGCACUUACACCAGUUUGACUGGGGGGGCUGAAAGACAUUUAAGGGGAGUCCUUCAACAUUAAGGCAGUGUCAUAUCAUGCUUGGUUUUCAUUUUCUUUUGGGCCAGGGAAUGGAGAACAGUGCUCCAUCACCUUGUUUCACAAUUUCAUUUUCCAUUUUUUUUUUUCUGUUGAUGAUUAACAAUUAGUGUUAAUUAUUAUCAUGUCUGACAAAUAUAUAUGUGAUUUAAGCACUCGGUACAUUUUGAAGGGUGGUGACUCUUGUUUACCCUUGCAUAUUUUAUCUGCAUGUAUUCCUACAUUCUCUCAUAUUCAUAUUUUCUCAGUGUGCCCUUCUGAUAUACUUGCCAUGCCAUAAUCAUAAUUCUACCAGAUCAUUGGCAGUGUUUAAAAUGAGAGGUGACAGGGUGGACAGUCCUUGAUCAUUGUAUAGAAGAUGGCUAUGAAUCUUGAAAAGGAUUAGAAUGUUGAACCAUGUAGUGUCCAGCCAGUGGUUAAUUUUUUUAAAUCCCAAUUUAAUUAUAUUAUUGGAUAUUUGAUAUCUGCUUGCUUAAUUAUAGUCAUCUUUGACAGCUGAAUUGAUUGGUGUUUCAUCUCCUGUCAUCCUUUGAUUUUCUUUGCCUACAGAUUCACAAAGGUGUAGACAGCAGGUAGUAGUUCCCUAGUAGAGUUUAUUGAUGAAAUACUACCUGCAAAUAACAGUUGUCUCUGAAAGAUUUAAGGAAGUUCUGUUCUUUCAUAGAUUUAGACAAACAGUUGUUUAAUAAAAAAUACACAUUUGUUGGUAAUUGAUAUGAUCACUAAAAAAAUAUCCCUGACAUUUCUGGAAGGGUAUCAUGAAAAACAUCAGUCCCAAAAAGGGACAGUAAUAACUACCUCACUACUACACCUGCAAUGACUCGUUGUCCAAACACAAUGGAAUGUGUAAGCUAUACAUUUUUUAAAUAUGCAGUGGUACUUUCAAUCAUGAGGGAAUACUGUGGAGCUUUCCUUCUCCUUCAGGAUAUCUUAGAGUGCUAAAUUUUUAACUGCCUUUUUGUUGAGCUGAACUUGGGACUCUGACUUGUAUUAAAAUUGUAAGCUCUCCCUUGUACACUGUCUUCCUGGAGGGUGUGUCCGCAUGUGUGUAUGUGUGUGAGAGAGAGAGAGGAUGUUGCCCUUAGAGGAUAUGAAGAAUAGCUAUACCUUCGUUUCUUGAUAUAAUUGCUACAUUAUCAUUUUAGUAGAUUUGGUUUCUAAAUCAUUGUGCUUAUUUUUUCAGUCUCUAACUAAAAAUAGUUAAAUUUGGUUGGUAAUCCUAUUUUAGAAAUUAUAAUUCUAGGUUAUAUUAAAUUCAAUUAUGUCUUAUGAAGAAAUCUUUCCAGUUUGAAAGAUGUUCUAAUAUUCACAUAUUCUAACAUUUUCUUUAUUGUAAAGCAUCUAGAUUUGGAGAUAAAGCCUUUUUUUCUCUGUGUGGUUCAGCUACUUUCCAUUUGGUAUUAGGCACUCAAAUUUACAUUUACCUAUUAAAACUGCCAUUUUGUUAAACAUUUUUCAUGCACAGUAGAUUCAAGUUGUGUCUGAAAGUAUCUCUUGUGCUUUUUUGAUUUUGCUGACUUUAAAAGGAUUAAUCUGGGCAGACAUAUGAGGAGGAAAGGUUGCAUUUAAUAUAUUUUUUGGACUUUGUGGGACAAAAGAUAACUGGUUAACCUUGAAGUGGCUGUUGUAUGGUGGUUGUGCACAUGUUUCAAAAUAGUAUGGAAGAGAAUGUUUCUAUUGGCAGCACAUGAGAGGGAUAGAUGGUGAACCCCCACUAUUCUUGCUUAAAGCAUAAAUGUUCACUUCUCCAAAGCACUGAAGCAGUUGCCAUAAUAGGUGGAAAUUGACUUCCAUUGGAUUUUUACUCAUUUUCUUCAUUUUGAAUUAUAUGCACUACCAUUGCUACAUCAGUUUGAUAUCAGUGUUGAAAAUUUACCAGUUAUAUUUGCUGUUUAUAGUCCAUCUGUAGAUUAGGAUUAAAAUGGAUUUAAUCCAUUUUUAAAGCUGUGUGAAUUUUUCUAAACAGGAACAGCUAUUUGCAUUAUGGGUUUUCAUAGUGAUUAAACCAAUUAUAACUUUAAUUAUUAGCAGUUGAGAGCACAUGUUCAUAUAGCAAUGUAAAAAUAUAUUACUGAGUAUUUGGUAAUUUCCAAUAGGAUUUACCAUUAGCAUAAUUUUAUGUUGUACAAUUAAAUUAUAAUUUUGGUAACAUUCAUUGGUUAACAAUAAAGUGACAAAAGCUCA